CUCUUCCGCCCAUUCCAUUCCCCAUCUUCUCUGUUUCCGCUCUCCGUUUCCUAGUUUAGUGGGUAGUUUUGUUGGGUCGAUAGGCGUUUGGGCUGGAUUUUAUAUUAUAAACUGUGACCAUCCCAAUCCCAAGCUAUCUCCUUUUCUGGGAUUGUGGGAGCCUUGGGUACCGCGUUAAGUGGCCAAGAGUGCUGCCUAGCGAGGAGCAGAGGCUACGCUGUGACCUGGUGUCUUCAAUUUUUUCCGUCUUUCUUUCACCCCGUCUCUGGCUCCGCUCUGCUCGUAUUUUGAGUUUAAACAGUAGAGGGUCUCGCUUGUUCUCUCUAGCUUACCUGUGCGUCUCUUUGUGGCUGGGGAAUAAGAUGGGCGAGAACGGUGCAGAGAAGCACAACCAGCAAGCAAGUUUCCCUGCGAUGGAGGUCUCCAUAGAACUGGGCCACCACCAGCAGCCCCAGGGGGGCUCCAAGUUCUAUGACGACGACCAGCGGCUCAAGAGGACUGGGACUUUGUGGACGGCGAGCGCGCAUAUUAUCACGGCAGUCAUCGGCUCCGGCGUGCUGUCGCUGGCCUGGGCUAUCGCGCAGCUCGGAUGGGUCGCCGGCCCUGCUGUCAUGCUCCUCUUCUCCUUUGUUAUCUACUACACCUCUUCUCUUCUCGCCGAUUGCUAUCGCUUCGGCGAUCCCAUCACCGGCAAGCGCAACUACACCUACAUGGACGCCGUUCAUGCCUACCUUGGGGGCUUUAAGGUCAAGUUUUGUGGGGUUAUCCAAUAUGCCAAUCUCUUUGGAGUCGCCAUUGGCUACACCAUCGCCGCUUCCAUUAGCAUGAUGGCAAUCCGGAGGUCCAACUGCUUCCAUGAGAAAGGCGACAAGAGUCCCUGCCAUAUAUCCAGCAAUCCUUACAUGAUUAUAUUCGGUGUGUCCGAGAUCAUCUUCUCCCAGAUUCCUGACUUCGAUCAGAUAUGGUGGCUUUCCAUUGUCGCUGCCGUCAUGUCCUUCACCUACUCUUCCAUUGGCCUUGUUCUCGGCAUCGUCCAGACCAUUGAGAAUGGAGGUUUCAAAGGCAGUCUCAGCGGGAUCAGCAUCGGCACCGUCACCGAAACACAGAAGAUCUGGCGUAGCCUCCAAGCCUUGGGAGACAUUGCCUUCGCCUACUCCUUCUCCAUCAUCCUCAUUGAAAUCCAGGACACAAUAAAGGCGCCGCCGCCGUCGGAGGCGAAGGUGAUGAAGAAGGCCACGAUGCUAAGCCUGGCGGUGACGACGUUCUUCUAUAUGGUCUGUGGCUGCAUGGGCUACGCUGCAUUCGGCGACGAUGCCCCCGGCAACCUCCUCACUGGCUUUGGCUUCUACAACCCCUUCUGGCUCCUCGACAUCGCGAACGCCGCCAUCGUCAUCCACCUCGUCGGUGCCUACCAGGUCUUCUGCCAGCCCCUCUUCGCCUUCGUCGAGAAAUGGGCACGUCAAACCUGGCCCAAGUCCACCUUCAUCACCAAGGAGACGAGAAUUCCCCUCAGCUCCACCAGGUCCUACAAUCUCAACCUCUUCCGCCUCGUGUGGCGCUCCGCCUUCGUCGUCCUCACCACCAUCAUCUCCAUGCUCCUCCCCUUCUUCAACGAUGUCGUCGGCCUCCUUGGCGCGCUCGGCUUCUGGCCCCUCACCGUCUACUUCCCCAUAGAGAUGUACAUAGCCCAGAAGAAGGUCCCCAAGUGGAGUACCAGGUGGGUAAGCCUCCAGAUGCUAAGCAUCGCCUGCCUCAUCGUUUCCAUCUCCGCCGCCGCCGGCUCCAUCGCCGGAGUUGUCACCGACCUCAAAGUCUACCGGCCAUUCAAGACCAGCUAUUGAGCUCAAGGCUGCCGCCUUUUGCUCUUGUUGCUGUUAUGUACUGCUAUUUCAGUUUCUUUCGCUGUUGUUGUUUGUAAUGCUUAUCAAAAGUUUAAGGGAAUUAAUGAAUGGAUGUUGAUUCCCGACCAAAUC